CCAUGAAAGCUGCUAAAGAUCACAAAAUUAUGAGCUUCAAUAGCUUGUUAGUAAUCCUCUCACUGUCAUCACUACUUCCGGCCUUCGGCGUAAAUGGUGCAUCAACAAACGGAUUGUUCCUCGAUCCUAAUAGCAUACUAAAAACCAUUAAGAGUGAAGGUGGCGAGGUCAUUGAUUGUGUGGAUAUCUACAAGCAGCCCGCUUUUCGCCAUCCACGGCUUGCGAAUCACUCUCUUCAAAUGAAACCCAGUUCGUACCCAAUUGGGAUCAAACCAAAGGGACCAUUACAGUCGGAUAACUCCUCGGUGGUGAGCUUCCAAAGGUGGCGCAAGAACGGAGAGUAUUGUCCCGAGGGAACCAUCCCAAUUUUGAGAUCGUCAGAGGAGAACUUCCGGCGAAAAAAGGGACAUCCUCUGGGAUCUUCGACCAACUCAUUAACGCCGGCGGGCGAUGUAGCCGAGUUUGCUGUAGUGUUUUUGCCUGGAUCCAACUUCCAUGGAGCAAUUGGUGAAAUUAGUGUAUGGAACCCAAAAACUCUUAAAAAUGAAUUGAGUGCAGCUCAGUUCUGGCUUACCGAUGGUGGAGGCAGCAGUAUCGACUCAGUUGAGGCUGGCUGGAGGGUCACAGAUCUUACCAAUUAUCCGAGCCUCUUCGUAUAUUAUACUCCCGAUGGAUACAAAACAGGAUUACAGCCUUCUUCCACUUAUGGCGGGGCGCAAUACCUGCUCCAAUUGACAAUCCACAGGGAUGAUCAGAACGGAAACUGGUGCUUCAAUCUGAAUGGUGAAGACGUGGGAUAUUGGCCGACAAACCUCUUCAACGGCGGCCUGAGGGGAACGGCAAGUCUACUCGAGUGUGGAGGCGAGAUUGUGAACUCGAACCCACGAGGGUUCCACACGUCUACUGAAAUGGGGAGCGGCCAUUUCCCCGGUGAAGGAUAUGGCAAAGCAGCUUGGUUUAGGAACCUGAAAUAUAUAACAGACGGUGGUCGUGUCAAAGAUGCUAAGGACAUAACAGGGCAGGCGACAAGGCCAGCUUGUUACGACAUACAAGUGCAGAAAUGGGAACAAGACAUGGGGAUACAUUUUUACUAUGGGGGUCCUGGGUUUUCGCCUGCUUGCCUGCAUUGAUCAUAAAGAUCGAUAUUAUUGAAUAUGAUAUAUGUAUGAAUAAUCGUAUUAAUAAAAAUAAUAUGCAAAUUUUCUCUCAAAUCAAAUAAAUUCUAUAACAAGUU